GCCCGCCUUUGAUUCACGUUUAAGCUGCCGCUACGCUGCUACCUGUGUGGUGUAAAAUAAAUACUCCUCACAUCCGCUCUCUCCGAGUCCAUGACAUCGCGCAUCCGCCAAUUUGCAUCACAAUUCAUCACCAUGGCUACCAAGUCCGACAUUACCCUCUACACUGUCAACACGCCCAAUGGCAUCAAGGCCAGCAUCCUUCUUGAGGAGCUUGGCCUGCCCUACAAGGUCCAUGCCAUCAAGAUGGGCGAAAACGAGCAGAAGGAGCCCUGGUUUCUUGAAAUCAACCCCAAUGGCCGCAUCCCUGCUCUAACCGACAGCUGGGACGACGGAAAGCCCAUCCGCAUCUUUGAGAGCGGUUCUAUCCUGCAGUACCUUGUCGACCGCUACGACAAGGAGAACAAGGUGUCGUACCCAGCUGGCUCGCGCGAGCACUGGGAGACUACCAACUGGCUCAUGUGGCAGAUGGGCGGUCUUGGUCCCAUGCAGGGCCAGGCUAACCACUUUAAGCGAUAUGCUCCUGAGAAGAUUGAAUACGGCAUCAACCGCUACGUCAACGAGAGCCGUCGCCUGUACCGCACACUAGACGACCAUCUCGCCAAGAGUUCCUCGGGCUUCAUUGUCGGUGACCGUCUCACCAUUGCGGAUAUCUCAUGCUGGGGCUGGAUUGCUAUUGCUAAAUGGUCUGGCCUUGACAUUGACGAGUUCCCCAACGUUAAGAAGUGGCUCUUUGCCCUUCGCGAACGCCCUGGCUUUAAGAAGGGCGCUAGUGUCCCUACGCCUCACACAGCCUUUGACUUCUUCGACUUGACGGAGGAGGAGCUUGAGGCCAAGGCUGCGCCGAGCAGGGCUUGGAUCCAGAAAGGCAUGGCUGCUGAUGCUAAGAAGUAGGCCAUUGGCAAGAAAAAUAUAUUAGUAAUAAUAACAGCACUGAAAUUGCACAUG